GUAGCUCCUUGAGAGUGUGGAAACCUGGUGCUGGAGAAGACCCCAGAUCUUAUCUACAAUUGUUUUGUUCUUGUCCUUAUGGGUAGACCAGGGAAGGGGGUUAGGAGAGGGUGUCCGUGCGGAGGAGUCCUUUCCUACACGUUGCCCAGGACGCACCUCACACCAGGGCCUCCCGGGGACAUCUUGAGAACAGUGUUGGAUUUGUUUGGUGUGAACUGUGGCGGAGGAUGUGUCGAGUAUUGUUGAUGAUGGUGUGGGCAAUAGUCACCCCCACAUCAUCCUACACACACCACUCAGGCGACCCACGGUUCUAUGCCUACACCCAUGCUGCGUCCUGCCCACAACAUGGUUUCCAGACCCACACGUCAGUAGCCCACGUCCAUAGCACAUCUUGUCGCACACAGGGCGGAGUCGACGCCCACACACCUUUCUGCCGAGAAAAGAAACUUGGAGUUGAAGUGGAUCACGUGACUCAAUUACUGUUAAGGAUCCCUGGUGAGUGUCCCUCAUCGAGCACACCCGCCACCAUCGCCCUCACACUGCAGACGGUGGUGGCCUCUUGUGUCAUCCAGGUGAACCUCACAUAUCUGGGGGAGGCGCUGCAAGCGGAACUGACGAGGGUGUGGUCCUUACCCCACCACCACCAUCCUCGCCCUCAACCACGCCUACAUCUUGUCCUCAACACCGGGCACGGGUCAGGCAGCUUCUCUCUGGCGUGGGGCGGUGUAAACCAGGGUGUGUUGUCCUUCCCUGAGGGGCGUGUCACCCUAACUACAGGGGUCCAGGGCGAAGUGGAUGGCAGUGGCGGUAGUGGCAGUGAUGGUAGUGGCAGUGAUGGUAGUGGCAGUGAUGGUAGUGGUAGUGAUGGUAGUGGCAGUGUCGGUAGUGGUAGUGACGGUGAUGGCAGUGACGGUGAUCGCAGUGACGGUAGUGGCAGUGACGGUGGCAGCCAGUGGUGGAGGUUGUGUGUGGAGGGAGGACACCCAUCUGUUGGUGACCACACAUCACCACCACACACCUGCCCAGAGGAGGGUGGGGGUGGCUUGGAGGUGUUGGCUCGGCGACACUGGGGGGAGAAGAACAACACAUGGGUGAGCGGCGCCACACUGAGCAUCCAGGCGGGCGGGAAUGGGGAGGAACACCACCUACUGAACCUCACCAUCACCUCCAACAUUCCUUCUCUUCCUCACAGGGGGUGGCGGCAGGUGGUCGCUCACAUCACCCCUCUCCGCCUGGUGCUGGAAGGAGAGGUGACCACGAGGAGGGAGGAGAGCCACCAGAGAAUGGACAUCACAGCUGAAGUGAGGAACUUGGCAACAGGGGCGUCCUUCAAGUUGUUCAGCUGGGAUGUGACUACCCUCCAGGCCUCCAGUGGACGGCAGGAGGAAGAACACAAGGCUAGUAAGAAUAUAGGCGAAAAGUAUUUACCAGAUGACCACUCAGGGCAAGGUUCUCCAGACACACUAUCACAACUACAUACAGAAGCCUCGCGAGUCAGGGAGAGCUCGGCGAAGCCAGAGCCAGAGAGGCAAAUACAGGAUCUCAGACAAGUGAUCACGAGCGACGUUCUCAACAUGAAGACCAACAUGACCGUCCAUGAGACACCUUCGGGAGGAUAUAUAGUAAGAAUUCACCAAGAUGCUCUCCCGCCAUUCUGUCCGCAGCUCGGGUGGAAACUCAACCAAAUCUUCAACUUUUCACGGGAUUUCUCUGGAUGGGAGUACGUAGUGAGUCAGUGGUCGUGGGGAAACAUGGUGGUGAAGGGGGAAUUUGGUGCCUCGCCUCUCCAGUGGUACCAGAAGAUCUUCGCUUUCUCCCUCGAUCAGGCGGCGCCCUUGCCCUCCACCCACCUGGUCUUCGACUUCCGCGACUUCAGGAAAUUUAUAGUGCAGAUGAAGUGGCCCACACUGGGUGCUGUCCUCACUGCCUCUCUUACCCUCAGUGACGAUGAGUAUGUCCUACAAGUAAAGGAAGGGAACGAGUUUAGAGGUGAACAGUUCGAGAGGGUGUUGAUGAAGGUGUGCGGAGAGGAGACCCCGGCUGGCCUGGCCAUCACCUGGAGCCUUGACAGUGAGAGGACGACUACCUUGCUCACCGCCGCCGCCUCCGUCCUCACGCGGGCAGUGUCUCACCCAGGGAUGUGUGGCGAGGGACCUGGCCCUCACCCCUUCAGGCAGGUCCUACACCGCCUCCUGGGCUUCACUCACCUCUCGGACGGGCUGAUGCUGGAGUGGCGCCGCCUGUUGCACUGGAUUGUUCACUCCACGGAGCUACAACACCUGUGGGAGGCGCUGGCGAAGGAGCUGUAUCUUGGCAAAGAGAAGUCCUCGUCGAGUUACAGAAAUGGCGAUGAACCUAACGAGCGGACAGUGUGGGCGUACAUGUGGGCGGCAGCAGAGAGGCUGGGCGUGGUGAAGGAGACCCUGGAAGGCGAGGGGGUGCUUGUGAACAGAGAACGAUUGUGGGAGUGUAGUAAGAUGGCACUGAGAUUCUGGGAGCUGCUUGUGACAGAAAGACAAGAUGAGUGUAGCGUCUCUUACCAGGUAGCCGCCAUUGUACAAGACCUGACGUCACGUUUCAGCCAUAUAUUACUGAAGACAUAAUGAAAAGCUUACUCACACACUAUAUAUUCAUGUUACUUUUUACUGAUAAGUAACAAAAAUAUCAUUAUAUGGUUUUAAUUAAGAAUGUAUUCAGUAUACGAACAUUAGAGAUCAGGCAGAGGUUGAACAAUGAAUAGUAAUGAGUGAUAUAAUUUAUUCAGCUAUUAGUCACAUAGCUGAGAUUAAAUUGUGUGCUUAAAAAAAACCUCAGAUUGAUUAACUUUUUUAAUUUUCUCCUAUGUAUUAAUUACGAAAUAUAAAGCCCAAACCACCCAAAUUAUUACUCCUAUAUUUAGCGUCAUCUAUUGUAACACUAAGCCAAGUUUCGCUAACAUCGCCAUAUGGUGGGAUACGAGCUUGACAGUAUGUAAAAUAUACACUAUAUGUUUUUUUUAUAAUAUGUCAACAAGAAUAAAACCUAAAUUACUUGUUA